UAUUUCCGUCAUCAUCGGCUGGCAGUGCGUCCGUGAUUAAUUUAGACUGUUUUAUUUCUUUUUCGUGGUUUAAAGAAAUACAGAAUAUCACAACAUAUCGGGAGUUCCCUUUUGAGGAAAGACAGUAAAUCUCGCCAAAAUGAUGGAGAUUGAGUUACCGAAAAUGCACCCGAUUCAACAGGAUAUGGAUCUGAUUGAUAUCCUGUGGAGGCAGGAUAUAGACUUGGGAGCUGGGAGAGAGGUAUUUGACUUCAGCUACAGGCAGAAGGAGGUGCAGCUGCAGCGUCAGAAGGAGCUGGAGGAGGAGAAAAGACAGCAGAUAGUGAGGGAACAAGAAAAGGCGCUUCUGGCACAGCUACAGCUUGACGAGGAGACUGGAGAGUUUGUGCCUCGGCCCACGCUUACCAACAACGCUCUGACGCAGGCUAACACUGCACCCGCUGAGAUCACACAGAAUGUGGCAUUUACAGCAGAGGAUGGAGAUGGCAUGUCAUUUGACGAGUGCAUGCAGCUGCUGGCAGAGACAUUUCCUCUAGUGGAGCCAGCAGAGUCUGCUCCUCCUUGUCUGGAUCCCACCAUUCCUCCCUGCACAGAUAGCACCAAUCUCAUGAUGCCUGGAGAAAUACCAAUGCUUACCCAGAAUCCCCUGCUGCCAGGGCCCAUGGACCAUACAUGGAUGGAUCUGCAAAACUGCCUGAACUUUCAGGAGCUGCUGGAUAUGACAGGAUACGUUAACACACCUCAACCUGCCAGUGUCCCGGAGUCCAACUAUAGCCAGUAUCUGCCUAAACUAAGUGAUGUCACCACCGGCACUGCCGAUAUGUGCUCUCCUGAGUUCAUGAACACUUACGACGGGGCUUUUAAUGAUGCUAAUCAGAUAAACAUGAAAACCCCAGAUGUAAACGAAAGCUUUGGACCAGACGAAUUCUGUGACAUGUUUUACCCUGAAGUUGAGGCUAAAGUGAACAGUGAAUCUCUUCCUUGUGAAAGGGGAAACACAGAUGGACAGCCAGAUGAGCUCCAAAAUGCUCCUUUGCUCAAACCCAUGGAUCUGCUCAGCCUCUCUCCUGGAAACUUUAACCCAGAAAAAACGGAAGACUUUGCUGAAUUCCCAGAUUCAGAUUCUGGUUUGUCUCUUGAUGCCAGUCCGAAAAUGAGCUCUCCUGAAAAGUCCCUGCAUGGAGAUGGCUCUGUUGGAUUUAGUGACUCAGACAUGGACGAGAUGGAGAAUGAUCCUGGAAGCAUGGAAUCUGAUUAUGCUAUGUUUCCCCUGAUGUUCCACAGUGACAGUCCUCAACAUUCACUUUCAGAGAAAUCCAGCAUGACUCUUGUGCAGGAGGAGACUGAUGAACCAAAGACAGAUCAGGCAGAGGCAAAUGGGUACUCCAAGCCACCUUUCACCAAAGACAAGCAGAAAAGGCGCUCCGAGGCCCGGCUCUCGCGUGACGAGGAGCGAGCAAGAGCCUUGCAGAUCCCAUUUGCUGUGGAACUGAUCAUUAAUCUGCCAGUGGAUGACUUUAACGAGAUGAUGGCCAAGCACCAGUUGAAUGAGGCACAGCUGACGCUCGUGCGUGACAUUCGCCGACGUGGCAAGAAUAAAGUAGCAGCGCAAAACUGCCGCAAGCGCAAGAUGGAGAAUAUCAUGGGCCUGGAGUAUGAGCUGGACUCGCUCAAGGAGGAAAAGGAGCACCUGAUUAAAGAAAAGAGCAAAAACAGCAGCAGUCUAAAGGAGAUGAAGCAGCAGCUCAGCUCGCUGUAUCUCGAGGUGUUCAGCAUGCUAAAGGAUGAGCAGGGAAAGCCAUACUCUCCUAAGGAAUACUCCCUUCAGCAGACCUCUGACGGCAGUGUCUUCCUCGUUCCUCGCAUUAAAAAGACUCUUAAGAGCAAUUAGCACUUUUUCUGCUUCUUCUCUUUCUUGGUACUAUGUAAUUCUGUAGCUAAGUACUAUGCAAAAGAGGAAAAAAAAACUUUAUAGACAUUUGCUUAAUCUUUAGCAGUAAAGAUGGCAGAACUAUUAUAUAGUUUUUGCUUAUUCUACUUUCUUAAUAUUCUUAAUAUCUCCUAUAUUUUGUACUUCUUUCUAUUUUAUCUGAGAAUGUUUUAUCUUAAUGGUUUGUAAAUACAUUUAUACUUCAUUUGCUAUCAGAAUAUCAAAUAACUUACUGUAUUGUACUGUUUUAGGAUGCUACUAAUUGUGUUGCGAUCACUGGCACUUAGAAAAGUCUGUUUUUAUAUCCUAAUUUAAAAUUCUAUUGCAAUGUUUUCUCUUGACCUAGUGCUAUAUAAAAAAUAAACCAUUCAUUUAAUUUUA